AUGUCUGUCGGUGGAACACAACAUAAAUGCAUAACAGAUACAAUUGCAUAUUUUUUAUGCAAAGAUAAUAAAGCCUUCUCAACCAUCGAAGGAAAAGGCUUCAGAAAUAUGGUCAACAAAUUAAAUCCAUUGUAUAAAGUCCCUUGCAGGAAUACUAUUAAAACAUAUAUUGACGAUAAGUACAAAAUUGUUGAAUCUAAAUUUCGGUUGGAUUUAAAAACCAUUUCAAAAUUUUUCUCUGACCACUGA